UCUCACACAAUCCGUGUACUGUAAAGAGGAAAACACGGUAUUCACAAUCAGCUGCAAAAUGUCAUAAAAUUAUAUUUCAUAGCUAAAGAGGCCAUGACAGUCGGAGGAAAAGCAGAUAAUGGACUUUAACAAGACGGUUCUGGUUACAGGAGGUUCCGGGUUCAUAGGAUCUCAUCUGGUGUGUUCGCUGGUUGCCAGUUACCCCGAUUGGAGAAUCAUUAACCUGGAUAUUUUGGAUUACUGCUGCAGUCCCAGGAGUCUGGAAGGAGUUCAAAACAGAGCCAACUAUUCUUUUAUUCGGGGAGACGUGUGCAACCCUCAGUUGGUAAAUCACAUUUUCCUCACUGAAAACGUUGACGUCGUCUUUCACCUGGCCGCCAAAACCCACGUUGAGUCCUCGUUCGAGUGCCCUUCCAUUUUCCAGCGGGUCAACAUCGACGGGACCAGAGUUUUGCUGGAAGCCGCCCAUCAAGCUCGACACCAGCCUGUGCGUUUCAUCUACGUCAGCACGGACGAAGUGUACGGACCUGGUCUGGAUAAGGCGUUUGAUGAGAACAGUCCGCUAAGCCCCACCAAUCCGUAUGCUGUUACUAAAGCAGCUGCAGAGUAUCUGGUCAGAUCCUACUGGGAUAAAUAUCAGUUUCCCAUCAUUAUUACCAGGAGCAACAACAUCUAUGGGCCCAGACAGUUCACCGAGAAGGUUAUUCCAAAAUUUCUCACCUUGCUGCAGAACAACAGAAAAUGCACCAUUCAGGGAACCCUGCCUCUAUCUCGCCACUUCCUGUUCAUCGACGAUGCCAUUCAGGCCUUCCUGCUGGUUCUGGAGAAAGGAACUGUGGGAGAAGUCUACAACAUGGGAACAAGCUUCGAGAUUUCCAUCCUCCAACUGGCACGGGAACUUAUAAAGAUGGUAAAAAAUGUGACUGAAUCUGAAUCAGACGACUGGAUUGAGUUCGUAUCCAGCAGGCCUCAGGUCGACCAUUGUUACCCAAUCUGUAGUGAGAAGCUGCAGCAGCUGGGCUGGAGAGCACAGGUGUCCUGGGCUGAAGGCAUCAGACAAACAGUGAAAUGGUACCAAGACAACCCAGAUUUCUGGUUGGACAUCCAUAAGGACCAGCGGAUCAGAAAAGAGCCCGAUUCCUGCAAAUCAUGACCAAAUGCAUUUCGCCCUGCAGUUCGACUGACAGGAAGAAAUCCUUCCCUCUCUAUGAGAUUCCAGCUAUGGCUGAUUAUUCAGCUUAUUUUUACUGAUUAGAAUGUUUAAUCUAUUGGACCCUCAGGCCUUGAAGUGCCAAAGGAAGAAAAGGCUGUAAAUGUUUCUAGCUGAAUAAAUUAUUUUUUCCCCCAUGUUUUAAAAGAAUUUUCUUUUAUGAUAGAGGAAAUAAAGUGAUGAAAAAUAAGUAUUUAAGUAAAGAAAUAACCCUGAAAUGUUGGCACUGUAAAUAUA